UUUUGUAUUCUUAGGGAAGAUUUCAAAAGCUUUUUGGUUCUCCAAUGACUUCCUUGGUAGCUUAUGAUGAUUCCGACUCUGAGGCUGAGACUGACAAUUCUAAUAGCCAAGAAAAGAGUAUUAGAAAACAUGGUCAGCCUUCACCAUCUGAUACAUUAGAUACAAAGUGUGAAAGCAACCCACAACCUGGAUGGGACAACGUAAAUACUGGUUCUGGUAUUGUCCACGAAUAUUCUAGGGUAUAUUGUCUCCUAGAACCACAGGCAGAAAGAAACAUUUGGAAGUCUUCAGAUUCUAGAUGCCAGCAGCCUGUCACAGAGCUCCAGGUCAAACCCUGUACAUUUAUACCUUCAAAUUUUACCAUGUCUCCCAGUGCCACGACAUCUGUGAACAAGGAGUUAACAGUUGCACCUGUUAGCAAAAUGAGGCCAUAUGAAGCUUUCAGAAUCCCCAACUCAUCUUCCUGUGAUUUGAUGUCUUUGGAAGCCACGGGUCAACAGGGAAGCCUUUUGCAAAAGCGAAGACAGGAGAACAUGGCUUUUGUUGAAGGAGGAAUUAAGCCAUACAUCCCCAAAAGAAUGAGACAAACACAAACUGAGGGAACUAAUGAGAGAGGGGAAUUUGAACUACAAAGACAGAGAAUGAAUCCCUUAUCAUCCUUGCCAGCUGGAUUCCCCACAAGAGAAAGCACAACCAUAGCAGUUUCUGAAUUUUUAAAACCGUAUUUAGCAGCUAAGUAUAAGUCAACAGAAAUUCCAAAGAGACUAAUCUUUCAGAUGUCUGAGCAUGGAGGACCAGUCAACAGUGUCCAGUGGUGUCCAGUUUUACAGUACAGUCACAUGCUUCUCUCAGCUUCUAUGGAUAAAACUUUCAAGGUAUGGGAUGCCAUAGACACAGGUCGCUGUUUGAACACCUAUUCUUCUCACAACGGUGCGGUUCGUGCUGUGCAGUGGUCCUCCUGUGGAAGACACAUCCUCAGUGGUGGCUUUGAUUCUGAGCUUCAUGUGACAGAUGUUGAAACAGGAACACAAUUGUUUAGCUGCAAAAAUGAAUUUCGAAUCAGCACUGUGAAAUUUAACCCAAAUGAUCCUAAUAUUUUUCUUUGUGGUGGAUUCAGCCCAGAAAUUAAAGCUUGGGAUACAAGGAAUUGCAAGGUAAUCAAGGUCUACAAAGCUUCAAUCCAACAAACCCUAGACAUCCUUUUUCUUCGUGAUGGGAAUGAGUUCCUGAGUAGCACAGAUUCUGUAAGCCGUGAUUCUGCCGAUCGCACCAUCAUCGCAUGGGACUUCCACAGCGCUGCCAAAGUCUCUAAUCAGAUCUUUCAUGAGCGGUUUACCUGUCCUAGCCUCACUCUACAUCCAAAAGAAUCUGUUUUUGUGGCACAGACAAAUGGAAACUAUAUGGCAUUGUUUUCAGCACUGAGGCCAUAUCAGAUCAAUAAAAAGAAACGUUAUGAAGGACACAAGGUAGAAGGCUAUGCAGUGGCCUGUGAGUGUUCUCCGGAUGGGGCAGUUUUAGUGACUGGCAGUGCUGAUGGCAAAGUCUUUUUCUACAGUUAUCAUAACUCAAGGAUCAUUUGUACUUUUCCUGCACACAGUCAUGCAUGUGUUGGCACAACAUUUCAUCCAGUUGUUCCCUCUGUUCUAGCAACGUGUGACUGGAAUGGAAAUAUUAAAGUCUGGCAGUAAAGGGA